AUGUCUGACACUGAUAAGACUCUCACGCUGCUGGACGUGGACAAGUUCGCGCGCUUCAGUAGCAGCACGUUCCGCUCCGACAAGUUCUACAAAACCAUCGGCUAUGGACUCGGCGCGAUGGGCCACUUGAUGGCGCACACGACGCAGCAGGAGACGGAGACGUCGAAAGGAUUUAAAGCCAUCGCCUCCAACAUCUCUAUGGCUCGCUACGUCAUCCGCUUUACAGGCAGCUUGGAGUCGUACGCAGCCUGGAAGAACGGCUCGUGGUGUUACGGAGACGACAGCGACCAUGUCAAACGCAUCGUGAGUCUACAGGCGCUGUCUAUGCUCGUGUACUACCCACUGGAGCACACAUCCUACGUCGGCUUUGUAGCUCCAAAGUUGCUGAGUAUUGACGCCAUGAAGAUCUCGCGACUGUCAUGUCGGACGUGGGGCAUCUACAUUCUUCUAGAUGUCUAUGCCAAUACUCUUCGGAUCUGCGCGCUGACUGCCAAGGAGAAGCAGAUCAAGGAGCAGAGCGAUCUUUCGGACGAGGAGCGUGCUACUCAACUAGCCGCCAUCCAAGCUCGUCGUCGUGAGCUCUAUUUUGUGCAGCUCCGUAACUUCUUCUACGCCGGACCUUGCAUCCACUGGUGUCUCGAGAAGGGCUUCCUCCCUGACCAUCUGGUGAGCCUCUCGUGUGCGGCGGAAGCUGCUGUCGGCCUUUGGCGCUCGUGGGUGAACACGCAGUAGUCGCCGUACCGCUUCAACCCAUUUCUACCAAGUUAUGGUACAGGUACUGUCAAUUUGAAAGCGGAAACUGUACGACUCGUUAGUUUAAAAGCAGUUUUAUUGCAUACCGA